AUACAGGUGCUCAAGGGUUUGUUGUAUCUUCAUCGUGAAAAACACAUUAUCCACAGGGAUUUAAAACCUUCUAAUUUGUUGGUAAAUCAUAGAGGAGAAGUCAAGAUUACUGACUUUGGAGUGAGUGCAAUCAUGCAAAGCACGUCUGGACAGGCUAAUAGUUUUGUUGGCACAUACAACUAUAUGUCUCCUGAGAGAAUUAGUGGGGGGAAAUAUGGCUAUAAAAGUGACAUUUGGAGCUUGGGGUUGGUAUUGCUGGAGUGUGCAACAGGCCAAUUCCCAUUUUCCCCUCCAGAGCUUGAUGAAGGCUGGACUAAUGUCUACGAACUCAUGGAAGCUAUUGUUGAUCAACCUCCUCCUUCUGCAUCAUCCGACCAAUUUUCUCCAGAGUUUUGUUCAUUUAUAUCAGCAUGUGUGCAGAAAGAUCCGAAGGAUAGACAGUCAGCACAUGAACUGAUGACACACCCAUUCAUGAACUUGUAUGAAGACCUGCAUGUGGAUCUCGCGUCAUACUUUACAAAUGCUGGCUCUCCUCUUGCAACCCUUAAAACAUGUGAUACUAUAUCAGACUCUUGAGAGUUAUGGGAAGUUAUCUAUUGAAAUUUUGAAGGCCUGAAGAAAGAUUCUUAACGGUCACUGUGGCUUGAAAUAAAUCAACUUGCUGAAAUUACGGUGAUCAGGGCUGAGGUUUUCAAACCAUUAGCAAUUCACAAAAAGUGAAUAUUUACCGUAUUACCUCACACUGAUCCAUGGAAUAGAGAGUGUAUGGUUUCGAGGCUUGUGAUUUGUGAUGGAUGUCAAGGAAAAUAGUUUUCUGUAUAACUUACCGAAAUAAAGUGAUUUUGUUGCUUGUCUAGUGUUGCAAAUGCAUCAAACUCCUGUUUGAAAGGUGUCAAUAUAUGACUUUGUGUGAAACUUUGACCUUUCAAACUCUGAGGAACUUCAGAGUCCUCUUACGAUCUGAUGUCUCUUUUGGGUGGCCACGAGUUGGUUUUACCCUGACUGAUUCCCAAUUGGAGAAUAGUAAGAAUUUGCGGAUCAAGGAAAGGUCAAGAAACAAGUGUUUUUUCUAAAA